AUGUCAGAUACCGACAAUACAGCUAAUUAUAACUCCACCACAAUUCAGCAACAACAGCUACAAGUGAGCACGGGAGCUGACAUUUGGCUAGGAGCACUAUUCAUCGGCGCGGCGAUAGCAUUAACAAUACACUCAGCUUGCAGAAUGUAUUUACUUCGCAUGGCAACUCUGAAAUCGCUUCUCAUAAUUAUGUGUAAUGUGCUUUUAUUUCUAGUUGAGCUGAAUACGCUGCUGCAAGUUUAUUCUGUAAUUUUGCACAUGCGUAAUUAUGCAAGAAUUACUUCAGUGGUGAGAAUAGUGAAUGAUAUAUUUUUUAUAUUUCUGGAACCGAGUAUUUUGUAUUUAGCUUAUCAGCGCUGUGAAAAAGAAUAUCAAGCAUACACCAAACACAAAAAAGUACAUUACACUCUUUUCGCAUUCCGCGGUCUAACACUAAUUCUAUUAUUUUUCAGCGACCUACUAAGCGCAGUCACUACCACCACAAGCAUACCCUCAAUCUUCACGAAAAUGGAACAAUCGACUGCGACAAUCCCAAAAAUCUACUACAUAGCAUCCGAAAUAAUUUUCAUUCGAAUCCUCCUGGAGCGUAGCAACCGCGAAUUUGCGAACAAAAAAGAAUAUCGAAGAAUGAAAAAUUACUGUUCUUUGCAAGCGAUCUUUUUCAAAUUUGAUACAUUUUUGUUGUCGACUGCGUUGACUUAUCGCGUGAUAUAUUUGUUGGUUUCGUCGACAGUUACCAUACCUACUUUUUAUUACGCAGACAUUUUAAGUAUUGCGUUUACGCUAUUUUUAAUUACUGAAUAUGGGUUGCGUAUUCCACAAUUGAAACGACAGACUACUAGAAAGAGUGCUUUUAAUGACAACAACACUAUUUCUAAUCAUGUAAAUCAAGCACCAAAAUCAACAACAUCAUCAACGAUGAUAUCACCAACCGAAGAUUCAGAAAUAGAAAUAGACCCAUUUUUCCCUCCGGUAUCCCCUGAAUACCCCAAAAGUCCUAAUAAAUUAAUAACACGAAAUCGUGAUGAGUGCGAAGUUGAUUCUCCUCACGUUCCGUUAUUUAAUACAAUAUCAAGAACCACCACAAUAACUACCACUGUAAGCCAUCAAAAAAACGUCAAUGAUGAGUGGUACGCUGUACAGUUUGACGACGAUCCACCACCGUCAAACUUGGAAGAAGAAGAAUUUAAUGAUUACUUGAACGAUAAAAAUGCAAUAGAAAUGUCGAUAAUGCAUAAAUAG